AAAGCUAAGUACACAUCAAGUUUCAUCAACUCAUAUAUUUGGAUCUGUUGUUGUUGUACUUGUGAGGGUCCUUUAAUCAUUUCCCUUUUCAUGAAUCAUUUUUAUUCAAUUUCAGAAAAAUGUGAUUGAACGUGGAGAUAAGGCUGUCUUGUGGUGAUUCUUGAUUUUCUGAUUCAGCAAAGGAGAAGUCCUAAUCUGAAUUCUGAAGGCUUGUUAUCAUCUUCAUUCAUCCAUUCUACUUCCAUUUUCUUGGUUCCAAGGAUCAGUUUUGCUGUAAUUUUGAAGAGGGUAGAUAGACACUUGAGCUGGAGAUAAUUGAUUUAUUCAGGCAUAUUGAGAGUCAUGAGUAGCACCACAACAAGUGGGAGUGAGGGUCAAAAAGUGACCAAGCGUCGCCGGUCAUCAUUAUCAGCUGAAGAAGGUAGUAGCGGAGGCAACUCGACAGGAGAAGGUCCUCUGAAGAAAGGCCCCUGGACCUCAGCAGAGGAUGAAAUUUUGGUUGACUAUGUCAAAAAGCAUGGGGAAGGGAAUUGGAAUGCAGUUCAAAAGCAUUCAGGACUUGCCCGUUGUGGAAAAAGCUGCCGUCUGCGAUGGGCAAAUCAUUUGAGACCAGAUCUGAAAAAGGGUGCAUUUACUACGGAGGAGGAGAACCGGAUCCUCGAGCUUCAUGCUAAAAUGGGAAAUAAAUGGGCUCGAAUGGCUGCAGAGUUGCCUGGACGUACAGAUAACGAGAUAAAGAACUACUGGAACACCAGAAUCAAGAGAAUGCAACGAGCCGGCUUGCCACUCUACCCCGAGGAAAUAUGUCGACGGGUGUUCACUGGCAAUCAAGAAAACCUAAAUGUUGGCACCUUGACAAAUGAAGCCACCCAUCAUGAUGAUCUCUCACAAACAGACAACAAUUUUGUCGCACCUGAUGUGGAUUUUAGAAAUUUCAAACUUCGUCGGGAUGUAUUAUACGAGCCAUCAAUUUUCGAAAUGCCUGAAAACAGCGUGGUUGAGCAAAAUCCGGAUCCAUCCCGUGGUUACAUCUUGUUGCCAAUGGUGCAUCCCUCCAAGCAGCUUCCGGAGUCAGAUAUGAUGCAUACUAGUUUGGGCAGUGCUGCUGUGUUUGAUCAGUAUGGUAAUCAUACUUAUGAGAACACUUCUGACCCUCCUAAGUUGUAUGGCAAUUAUACUUGUGAGAACAAUUCUGACUCUUCUCUGUAUGACCCUGUUCUUAGCGUCAGCUAUCAGUUUCACGGGGAUAACCUGGUUGGCAGCCAUGCCACAAAUGGCAAUAACUCUUCUUCUUCUGCGGCCGUAUCCGGGGCCACGAAGUUGGAGCUCCCUUCACUCCAAUAUUUCGAGACUCAACAAGGUGGCUGGGGCAGGCCUGCACCCCAACUUCCUUCACUUGAGUCUGUUGAUACAUUGAUUUCUCCUCCAGUUGAACUUACUACUCAGUCAGAUCCUGUUUCUCCAGAAAGCAGUGGUUUGCUGGAAUCUAUAAUCUACCAUUCAAAGAGUUUGAAAGUCUCUAAUGUUGAUUUGCAAGACACUGUUCCUGUUGAAACAGACAAGAAUUUAGCCUCUAAUCCUGCAAAGACAGAAUGGAAUGAACAACUGGAGACACAUUCCCCCUUAGGUCAGUCUACUUCAGACUAUACUCCUAUUAGAAUGUGCUUGGUGGAUGAGCCUCAAUCAGUUGAAACAGAGCAUGUGCAUGAGGCAGAUACAGCUUAUAGCUUCAGUAAUAAAGAGAAUUUGAAUCAGAUAAAUAUUUCUAGGCCUGAUGCUGUAUUUGACUUGGGUUGGUUUGGGAAUGAUAUGUGGCAAUGAUCAUUCUGUUCUAAAAGAUGCGAAGUGCACUUCUUCAUGAAGAUUUUCAUGGUUAGCACUCUCAAGUGCUAAAUGGAUGAUCUGGAUAUUGCUUUGACCUUAAUAUAUAGUGCUGGUAUACGUGCAUGGUCAACUUACAAAUCACUAUAAGGUCAAUGCUUUUUUAAUGUAUUGUCAGUCAUGUCUAGAACCUUCAUUUGUGAUCAGUCAUGUUAUGAAGAUAGUCUUAUCUCAUGUUGUCACUUUAGGUAGUGUUGAUAUUGGAAGAUUGUUGUUGUUUGAAGUGUUAUGAACUGUGUAUUUAUUCCUUAUGCGACUUCCAUAAGCUUAUGCGUGUAUUUUUUGUUGCUCGA